AUGGAUCUUGCAGCAAUUACAGAAUGGACACCCACCACCACGGCAACUUCAACUACAUUGUCAACCAUUGCUGCAACUUAUGUUCCAGCUCUAGAAUCAAAAAUAUCUAAUGCUGUCCACACAUUAACAUCGAAAGGUUCAACCAUUGCUAAAGUUGAUUACAUUAGUGCUUCAAGAAUAAUCCGUGGUGCUCAAGCAUCAUUAUCAAUUAUUUCGGCUGAACAAGUACUUGCUACAGCCACUGCCAGUGAUAUACAAGCACAAGCAACACAAAUCAUUUGGCAAGCAACUGAGAAUCUUUUAGAUUUGGCAUGGCAAGAAAAUGUUUAUGCUAUUCCUCGAUUAAAUCGUGCUGCUAAUAUAAUAUUCUUAAUUGUUUUCGGUAUAUCAUUUGUCAUGACUUGUUUAGUAUGCAUUAAAUCUCGUUAUUGGUGGUUUAAUGUAUCUUGGACUUGUGGUACCGCAUUAGAAUUUCUUGGGUUUUUAGGUCGAGUCUUAUCAUUUAGUGAUAUGAAAAUAUUUGAUUAUUAUCUUUUACAAUUGAUUGCUCUUAGUAUAAGUCCAGUUUUCUUAAUGGCAGCAAUUUAUUUCUUAUUUGGUCAAUUAGUGGUUAUUCAUGGUCGUCAAUAUUCAUUAUUAAAACCAUUACAUUAUUCAUAUAUUUUCAUUACUUGUGAUGUGGUUUCAUUAGUGGUUCAAGCAGUUGGAGGAGGAAUGACUUCUAUAGCGGCUCAACGGUAUGAAGAUGUUGAUCCAGGAACUAAUACUAUGAUUGCUGGUAUUGCCUUCCAAGUGUUUUCCAUGACGGUAUUUUUAAUAUUUUGGUUAGUUUUUUGUUGGAGAAUUUAUUUCCGUGAUGUCAGUACCAAUGACAUUAAAUCUAGUCCCUAUGAAAAGAAAUCUUUAAUGACCUUUAUUAAAUUGUUAUUAAAUGGUAAUAAUCCCAAUAGGUAUAAACUUGAAGUGUUGGAUAAAUAUUAUAAUCCUGGUUAUAAAGAGUUACGAAAUCGUCCAUUGUAUAACUAUUAUACUCUAGCUAUUACAUUGGCAGUGAUUGUUGUUUAUAUUCGUUGUGUUUAUAGAGUUGUUGAAUUGUCAGAAGGGUUUAGAGGAUAUUUAAUCACUCAUGAAUCGUAUGUAAUGACAUUGGAUGCAGCAAUGAUUGGUAUUUGUUGUAUAAUCUUUUGGCUUUUCCAUCCACAAUUUGUAAUGGGAUCAAAUCUUGUUAUUGGACUUAGAAGUAUUGUCAAAAAUAAAGAUCAAGAAAUGGGGGACACUACCACUACCACUACCACUACCACUACCACAACCACCAAUAGUAUUAACAAAAAUAAUAAUGAAAUUGUUAGUGAUAAUGAAGAGUCAAAUUCUCAAGGUCAAAAUACUGUUAACGGUGAAUCUGAUCAAGAAUAUAAGGAAUGA